AUGGGCUAUAAAAUAUUUAUCGAAUACAAACGCGGUAAAUAUGAUCGAUUGAUUAAUGGUUAUGAAUUCGAUACAGCAUUAUAUGAAACUGAAACAAGUACAACAGUAUAUCCUUCUGAAUCUCGAUGUGCUUUGAAGCUUUGUCAAAAUGAUGAUCUUUGUUUUGAUUUGUCAUCAGCUGAUGCAUAUCAUUGUGCUUGUCGUUAUCCAUAUACAGGUGUUCAUUGUCAAAUACAAGAAAGAUUUUUUUCUGAACGUACAUGUGGUACUAAAACAUUGGAUAUUGUACCAUUCUGUCAUGUUUUUACAUCGGAUAAGGCUCUUCCUUACAUUUGUGCAUGUUACAUAAAGAAUGUUCCAGGAGAGUCGUUUAUAGCACUCAAUAAUUAUCAUAGUGAAAAUGCAUUUCAUAAAGUUUGUGAUGGCAAUGAACCUUUUGUUGGCGCUUUAUCAUUUACUAAUAAAGCCUUUUAUAUUUGUCCGUCAGAUAUGUUUAAUGUGGUUGUAAAAUCACGUGACAUAGAUCAUGUGUGGAAUAAUACACAAAAAGAAUGUGUACCUGAAUAG